AUGAACGAUAAAAAGCAAAAUAAUGAUGAUUUUCAUUCGAUUAAUGUUGAAAUAACUCCAACAUCAACUGAUCAAUCAAGAAUAUCAAAAAAAUUCUUAUGGAUUACAAUCGGUGUUGUUGUUACUCUAAUUAUAUUAUCAAUAAGUAUUUCAUUACCUAUCGUAAUGAAAAAAAAGGCAGAUGUAUCACAAAUAACGACAAUAACAACAACAACAGCAGCAAUAACAACAGAAGAAUUAUCAAUUACUUCUAUGUCAAAUAAUAUUUAUCUCAAAUGGAAAUUAAAUUUUUCUAUUGUUGCUGGAGAAGGUGUGUAUGGAGGUGGCGUAAAUCACGCUAGUGACGUUGAAGCAAUCUAUGUUGAUGAUGAAGAACAGACGAUUUAUAUUGUUGGAUCUCCGUACGAAAGCGAUCGAGUUGUUGGACGGAAAUUUGGUGAAAAAAGUGGUGAAAUUGUUGCUGGUGGAAAUGGACAAGGAAAUAAUUUAGAUCAAUUGAGAGAUCCAUCAGAUGUAACUGUUGAUAAAAAAAACAAUUUACUCAUUAUUUGUGAUCAAGGAAACAACCGCGUAGUACAAUGGUCUCGUCAAAGACGAAUAGAUCCAGAAAUAAUUAUCCCUAAAAUUAAAUGUAAUGGUGUAACAAUCGAUAAUGAUGGAGAUAUUUAUGUUUCAGAAAGCCAAACAGAUACUGUUAAACAAUUCAAACAAGGAGAAGCAGAGGGAACAAUUGUAGCAGGCGGAAAUGGGUAUGGCGAUAAUCCAAACCAAUUAAAUAAUCCUACUUUCAUUUUUGUUGAUAAACAAUAUUCGAUUUAUGUAUCUGAUUAUCGAAGAGGUCGUGUGACAAAAUGGAUAAAAAAUGCAAAAGAAGGAAUUAUUGUUACUAAUGAAUCAAUUUCAGAAAGUGGUGAAUCCCGGUGGCCUGAUUCGUUCGGAAUGGCUGUCGAUCAUUUCGGUAAUGUAUAUGUGUCAGAAUAUGAAAAUAAACGAAUAGUGCGCUGGUCAGAAAAGUCUACAGAAGGUUACAUUGUUAUAGAUGGAGGAAGUUUCGAAAAACCACCACAACUGUUCGACAAACCCACAGCUAUAUCAUUAGAUCGACAAGGGAAUCUAUAUAUCGUUGAUCGUCACGAGUAUCGUAUAUUGAAGUUUGAUGUUGAUGUUAACUAA